UGUGGUUUUGAAUGUUUUGAUGUGACGUCAGUCUGAAACCUGUAUGUUUCCACAAGAUUUCCAAUUACAAUUAUUAUAGUUUUUUGAGUAAUUUACUAUUUAUUAUUUAUAGCCUUAUAUCUGGCUAUAGUUUCUUCUGUUAUUAUUUUGUUUUUAAAUUAACUACCUAGAACCACAAAAUACAGAUUAAUUAUUGUUGAUUGACAUAGAUUAUUGUUAGUUCGAGUUUAGAAAAUUUUUUCUGCUAGUAAUGGCUUUACCAAAAUAUUUAUACAUACUUUUUGCAUUAAUAGUGUCGUGUAUAGCCAUUGAAACUUCAAAUUUAAAAUGUGAAGUGUGUUGUCGUCUUGUUGAGGAAAUUCAACGUAACGUUAGUUCUGUGGAUCCAUCAAAUAUUGUGCAAGUUUCUAAUUUUCGAUUGGAUGGUAAUGGUAAUCAAUUAAAAAAUACUAUUCCGUUAGCUCGGUCGCAAUUAUAUUUAACAGAAGUGAUGGAUUCUGUGUGUGAAAAGAUGAAUGAUUAUGUACGUGCUACGUUUAAGAAGAAUGGCACGUUAACAGUUAUGCCAUUAUUACUUGAUGGCCAAAUGAAUCCGUUGAUGAGUGAGGUGGAUGUGGUUCAAGAUUCUGAUCUCAACAAAAGUUUACAGUAUUAUUGCGAAGACAUUGUUAAUGAUAUUGAAGAAGAUCUUAUAAAUAUAAUGAAGUCUGGAGAUGAUGAUCACAUUGUUCAUUCAAUUUGUACUAAUGUUAUGCAACUGUGUCCAAAAAAACAUAAUAAAGUAGAAUUGUAAUCAAAAGUUA